UGGGCCAGACGCGCGAGCGCAGGCAGCCGGUGUGUGGUCGCGCACACGACCUCCGCAGUCCCAGCCCAGCCGCGACCCUUCCGGCCGCCUCCACCCCACCUCGCCGCCAUGCGCCUUCGCCGCCCUGCGCUGUUCCCGGGCGUGGCGCUGCUUCUCGCCGCGGCCCGCCUCGCCGCUGCCUCCGAUGUGCUAGAACUCACGGACGACAACUUCCAGAGUCGCGUCUCCGACACGGGCUCUGCGGGCCUCAUGCUCCUAGAGUUCUUCGCCCCCUGGUGUGGACACUGCAAGAGACUUGCUCCUGAAUAUGAAGCUGCAGCUACCAGAUUAAAAGGAAUAGUCCCAUUAGCAAAGGUUGAUUGCACUGCCAACACUAACACCUGUAAUAAAUACGGAGUCAGUGGAUAUCCAACCCUGAAGAUAUUUAGAGAUGGUGAAGAAGCAGGUGCUUAUGAUGGACCUAGGACUGCUGAUGAAAUUGUCAGCCACCUGAAGAAGCAGGCAGGAUCAGGUUCAGUGCCUCUCAGGACUGAGGAAGAAUUUAAGAAAUUCAUUAGUGAUAAAGAUGCGUCUGUAGUAGGUUUUUUCGACGAUUUAUUCAGUGAAGCUCACUCUGAGUUCCUAAAAGCAGCCAGCAACUUGAGGGAUAACUACCGAUUUGCACAUACGAAUGUUAAGUCUCUGGUGAACGAGUAUGAUGAUAAUGGAGAGGGUAUCAUCUUAUUUCGUCCUUGACAUCUGACUGACAAGUUUGAGGACAAGACUGUGGCAUAUACAGAGCAAAAAAUGACCAGUGGCAAAAUUAAAAAGGUCAUCCAGGAAAACAUUUUCGGUAUCUGCCCUCACAUGACAGAAGACAAUAAAGAUUUGAUACAGGGCAAGGACUUACUUAUUGCUUACUAUGAUGUGGACUAUGAAAAGAAUGCUAAAGGUUCCAACUACUGGAGAAACAGGGUAAUGAUGGUGGCAAAGAAAUUCCUGGAUGCUGGGCACAAACUCAACUUUGCUGUAGCUAGCCGCAAAACCUUUAGCUUAAGUUCUUUGUAGAUU